AUGAACGACCGUGACGAGAUGUACCUGACGGAAGGAGACUUUGAGGACGACGUGAUGGUGGACGAGAUGAACCUCCAGCAGCAGCGAGCCAAGCGCGUUCUGUACCCACCCCGGCUUAUGGUGGACUUUAAGAGCUUGGGCGUGGAAGCUCUGAAGCGCUAUGGCAAGUUUUACCACCUCAAGCUGAAUGAAGACUGGACGAAAGAAGAGCUGGCGGCUCAAGUGGCACGGCACUUCGAUCUGUCGCUGGAGGUGGAGGAAGACGACUCGAUCGUCGCGUUCAUGCAGCGGCUUCGCAAUGGCGAACGGACGGCAGUGAAGCGCUCGUCAGUGCGUGACAAGGAGCGGAAGGCGCUGAUUGCGGCGGAAAAAGCCAAGCACAAGUCGACGAGUCGCAAGCGCCAGCGCGAUCAUUCUGUGUCGAUGCCAUCGGGACGCAGUGCUAGCAACAGGUCGAGCCACGCGACGAGCACGACUACUGCUGGCAAUUCGUCCAAUCACGGACACGGCAGUAGCCAUUCAAGUGGAACAGCGAGCAGUAGCCACAGUAGUCGGGGUCAAGGGAGCGAAGGACGCAAAGCGCCUCCGAACAGCUCGAAACUUUCGACUGCGUCAGGCGGCAAGACAAAGAAGACGAAGAAGGACGCAGACGCAGGUGAAGACAACGAACUUUACUGUAUCUGCAACCUCCCGAGCUAUGGCAACAUGAUUGCUUGUGACGGCAAGACGUGUCCGAAUCCGUCGCAGUGGUACCAUCUCGAGUGUGUCGGUCUUGCUGACGGUCGCCAUCCGGACACAUGGUUAUGUCCCGAGUGCGACCCCAAAGGCUUCGCUGGUGGCUCUUCUAAUUGCCACAAGAAGAAGAAAAACAAACGCUCCAAGUCGCCUGGCAACAAGUAA